CACAGCGCUCUGAACACAAAUUAAUUCACGUCCAGCUACAUGUCCAUACACAUCAUUAUUUUUUCUUAAGCAGAAUCGAGAAUAGCAGAACUUUUACUGCCAUUAGGUCAUAAUUUUGUUGACUUUGAAAGUCCAAAGUUUGCCUCUGUGUGGUCUAGCUCUUUUAAGACCCUCCCUGGCCCCUUCCUGAAAUCACAGAGGAAGCAGUUAAGAUAGUAUUGUGAGCAAAAGAGGAAUUCAUACGUAACUGGGAAUGUUACACAACGGCAUUUUUGUGUAGGUCUGCUUGAGCAAGUUCCUGUGAUCGCAGGCAGACAAGAACCUGGUACAAGCACUGGGGUUACAAAGAUAGAAAGAGGGUGAAAAGAAUUACAUUUUAGAGUGACUGGAGCACUUUGGCUGCAGCUUGCAGUUCAGGAGGGAUUGUUUUGGGGGAGAGCCAUACGGAGAGAUUCUUGCUUUUGGAUUCAGAUGUUGGAGAGGAUUUUUGGCUGGAAACCACAAAGAAUCCAGAGGGGACAAAACCAAAAUAUUCCUGGCCAGCAGAGAGGGACACAAGGAAGAGAUAAUGACAGCGUGACGAUGUACAAGCAGUGAAUUUAUAGCGCAGGCUAAACAAGUAAUUAGCCUAACCGUGAAUGAUUGACAAACGACAAAAAGUCAGCAGAGAGAGGCGCUACAAAAGACAGGACUUCAGGAAGAACCACCGUAGCCUACUGGUCUCGCUUGAGCCGCUUCACAAUCGACAUUUUGGCAACUGGGUUCUUGGGUUUCCUCGAGCAAACUUUUGACAGUAUCAGUCAUGUCAGAAGAGGGAGCGUUGUCCUACAGCGAUGCCAUUCAGAAGGCCAGCGCCUCCAUCACCCGAUUCCCCCUCACCCGAGUCAGAGGAGUUCCUCUCAUGUGCCUCGUCGCCAACAACUGGGACUCAGUCUGGGCUUUCCGUCCUGACCCGUCAGACCUCCUCAUCGCAACCUACCCCAAAGCAG